GCUAUUAUUGAUUUUGAUUUUGUAUUUUUGGUGAAAUUUGUGAAUACUAAAUAGAAUUUGAUUGAUUAUAGAUUGAAAAAAUGAGCCAAUCAAUGAAUCCUAAUUCUGCAGCUAAUCCUAAUUCUGCAGCUAAUCCAAAUGUAUCACAACAACCAAAUGCUCCUCGCACUAGAGUGGUUGGUGUCCGUCUCAAAAAGAACAGAUUUAGAAAUGGUACUCGAUUUACAAAAGAAGAUUGGAAACAAGGACCAUUAGAUGAUUGGGGAUGGGGCUAUGCUUGGGGAUACCGUCGUGCGCAAUAUCAUUAUAUGGAACGAAUCGAAAGAUGUGUAUUUGGACGAAAUCGAUUCUAUGGACACAAACCACCAACGAAUGGUACUGCUGGAACUAGUGCAAAUCCGCCAAAUCCUUCUCCAACAUCUUCCUCUGCAUUCAGUGCAUCAGCAUCUGCAUCAACAUCUCCUGGAUCAGCAUCUCCUGUAUCAACAACAUAUCCUACUCACAAACAACUAUCGGAUGGAACAUAUCCACAACGACAAUAUGGAGCAUAUUCUACUAAAGGUCCAAUUAACGAACCGCAAAAGCUUUCCGUACAGAAUGAUUAUGCUUUUAAAGGCAAAGAUAAUAUUAGUAUGAAAUCCAAAUUUUAAGAGAUUUUUUAUUUUGGAUAAAUGGGAAAAAAGCAAGUUUCAAUUUUGUCUUUUAAAAAUGAAUUUCAUUCUUUUUUGUGACGAUUAAAUUGCUAAAACU